GCACCUCCGCGGGCCUCUGAUUCGGCCAGCAAACACUAGUGUCAGGUUUGUGAACUUCAUGGCUGAUGGUGACAUCUGCCGAGUAUGUUGUCAUUAGUGCUUUAUGGUUGCUGGCAGCGUACAAAUACUUCGCAGGUCUUCUGUUCCUCCAAGAGUUCUUGGUCCCCGAACCCCGCCAAGGCCCAGGGUCCUUGACUACGGGCCAUGCUCAUUUGGUGCCACAAGAUACCUGGUGAGUGCCUCUAGC